AUGGUUACCGGAUCACGGUUUCCUUCAGGAGACGAAAUACCAAGAGUUGGAAUACGGUUUGCGCAGUUACAAUUGGCUCAUGAAUUCUAUGUUACCUACGCAAAGAAAGUAGGAUUUGCAAAUAAGAUAAGGACGACAACAUGUGACAAGAUCACAAAGAAACCCGUUAACCAAGCUAUCCACUGUAAUUGGGAUGGGUUUCGCAGGUUUCGUUGUGAGUGCAAUCUUUCUGAGAGUUCAGAUGUGUUGUGCUGUCACUAUCUUGUAGUUUUCUAUUCAUAUAAAGUGUAUAAAGUACCUACCUAUUAUGUUCUCCCUCGAUGGAGCAAGAACAUAAAGUGCAAGCAUACUUAUGUCAAGAGUAGUCACGACGUCAGUCGGUCGGAUGAGAGUCAUAUUGCAUUCAGGGGAUUAUGUGCACACUUCUACAAUAUUGCUCAAGAGUUCGUCAAUGAUGAUGACAAAACAGCAUUGCUACAUGCUGCUCUGGAAGAAACAAGGGCCAAGCUGACCACACACCGUGCUAAGAAGAGGUCCGAGAGUGUGGCGGACACCCACACCAGCAUUGGCUCACAGAGUUCGAACGUUGUCGGUGUAGUCGACAUCCAAGGCCCAUCGAAGGUCAUCACAAAGGAUCGACUAAAGAGUAAGAGGCUCGGUGCUGCCCUGGAGAAGUCCUUCAAGAAAUCUGCUCGGAGGAAAAACAAGAAUGCCUCCCCCAAGGCAUCUCAAGAUAUAAACUUCGGUGCUGUUGUUGGCCGGAAUGAGCCCCAACAACUUGGUGGCUUCAUGUCUUUGUUAAGCUCCUUCGACAAAAGUUAG